CCCCCACCGAAACCACCUCGGAGGCAGGGCGGCUGGGCAGAUGAGUCCAUGAAGGUGGCAAAAUUGGGAAAGAAAGUUUCUGAAGAAAUGGAAGAUCGCCGCCUCAGACAGCAGAACCUGACGGGGACAGAGGAAGGAGAAGAUAUCCCUGUGAUCCCAGAUCUGGAAGAUGUGCAGGAGGAAGACUUUGUGCUGCAGGUGGCGUCCCCGCCCAGCAUCCAGGUAAACCGAGUGAUGACCUACCGUGACCUGGACAAUGAUCUUAUGAAAUACUCAGCCUUUCAGACUUUGGAUGGGGAGAUUGACCUGAAGCUCCUCACCAAAGUGCUGGCCCCAGAGCAUGAAGUGCGAGAGGAUGAUGUGGGCUGGGACUGGGACCAUCUAUACACUGAGGUGUCCUCAGAGCUCCUCACAGAGUGGGACCUGCUGCGGGCAGAGAAGGAGGACCCCGUGGGACCAUCGAGGCACAUCUGACCCAGGAACGCCACUGUGCAUUUGAACAAAUGCACGAAGUCUAAAACCGUGGGAGCUUGCGAGCAGCUUACAAUUUUUAUACAGAAUAUUUUGUAAUAGAAUAUUUAUUUUCAGUAGGACACAUUGGAGCAUUCCAAUUCAAUAAAUGACUUUAUUCUGUGA